CUGUAGCUAGAAAUUUUCGUGGCUGCUUUUCCGAUCAAUCCGCAAAAUAUUAGGCAUUCCAUGGCGUGACUUGGGAGUUGGGAAAUUCAUAUGCGUAACAGCGUUCGCACUGAGUUCGCUUGCCUCGAAAAAUCUGCUUGCGUUCCAAACAUGAGCCUCGCAAAAACGCAGAAACCCAUUUGUCGGACCACGUGCGAUAUAACAGACAAAAGCGGAGCGUUCCGAAUGCGAAAUGCAAGAGCUUUCAGGCCUCAGUACGCUCAGCUUUAUCACGAACGUUUGACGGCGCUGCAGCCUCGCAUGACCAAAGCAGCUGAGGCAAAAUGGGGCUCCAAAUACCGAUUCUGCACUCUGAGCGACAUCGUGGAGAACGAGACAGUAUGCCUGAUUGGAACAUUGUACAAGGAGAUGGAACUAAAGCCCAAUAUUUUGCGGGAAAUGUGCGAAGACACCGAAGUGCCUGCACAGCCUAUUCUGCCGCGCUAUACUAGUGACACCGACACCCUGGUGCUGGAGGAUGAAUCGCAGAGAAUCGUCGUGGGAGGAAAGAUGGAUUUGCAACAGGUGGUGACGGGAAUGAUCGUGGCGUUGGCCGGGCGGGAGAACGAUGCGGGAGUGUUCGUGGUGGAGGACUAUUGUUUUCUGGGGAUGCCACCGCAGCCGCAUUUUGAUCUUCCCGAGGUUGACUGUUACGUUGCGUUCCUUUCUGGAUUGGGUCUUGGUCCCAACAAUAAAAACUCGUUCCCUGUGGAUUUAUGUAUAGAUCUGCUCACUGGUCAAGCUGGGGAUGAACAACAGAAGAAAAUGGCCUGUGUUGCAGCUGUGAUUAUCGCUGGUGAUCUCAUAGAAGCGGAUUUAGAAGAACGGAAGGAACUCGCUCUAAAAGCGCGAUAUCUGACCCGUCAUACUUCUCUUGGGAGUGUGGAGAAAAUGAAGAAUGUGGAUGAAACUCUUGAACAACUGGUUCGCAAUGUAGACGUGUAUAUUAUGCCCGGAAGUAAAGACCCAGCCAACUUCAUGCUGCCGCAACAGCCACUGCAUCCCAGCAUGUUUCCGUUGUGUUAUAAAUCUUCGGGUCUUCAUCUCGCUACCAAUCCCUUCCAGUUUGAUCUGAACGGCGUACGAGUACUCGGAACUUCUGGUCAAAAUGUUAGCGACAUUUACAAGAAUUGCCGUAUAAAUGAUCCACUGGACAUUCUGGAGCAGACCUUACAUUGGGGCCACAUGGCGCCCACGGCACCAGACACUUUAGGAUGUUAUCCUUUUGUGGAUGUUGAUCCAUUUAUACUUGACGAAGCACCUUGUGUAUAUUUUUCGGGCAACCAGUCGGUCAACGGAUGCCGACAAAUUACUGGACCGAACGGACAGCGAGUGACCUUACUCUCCGUCGCUAAUUUUUCCAUGCUUCCUUCCAUGGUCUUGUUGAAUUUCAGAACUUUGCGAGCAGAAUUCAUUAUCCUGGACGGUAUGUUAGUCAGAUAGUGAUUCUGUAUAGGCGCAAUGUUUGCAUUAUUUCCACAAUUUAAGUGUGGCUGAGAACGAAGCUUUUGCUGACCUUUGCAUACUGCACUUUUUUCUGUGUUACGGAAUCUGCUGUUUGAAUGUUUUGCAGUCUUCAGUUUCACAUUUUAUUUCGGUUUCUAUAAUCUCGAAUGUCGCGAGUUUUAAAAAAUGAAAUCCUUUGGAGUUGUAAACAUUUUAACGUCGUAC